GUGAGCAGUACCAAGGCCAGAGCAUGGAGCUGCCAGAUCCGGUCCGCCAGAGGCUGGGAAACUUCAGCCGGACCGUGUUCAGCGACUCCAGCCGGACCGGGCCGGAGUAUAACGAGGGUCCGGAUAAUGAAAUGGUUUCCAGUUUGGCAUUGCAGAUGUCACUUUAUUUUAACACUUAUUUUUUCCCACUUUGGUGGGUGAGCAGCAUUAUGAUGCUUCAGAUGAAGUAUUCAAUCUUGCCUGAUUACUACAAAUUCAUUGUGGUCACCGUUAUCAUCCUAAUAACCUUAAUUGAAGCUAUCAGGUUGUAUCUGGGCUACAUGGGGAACCUGCAGGAGAAGGUUCCUGAGCUGGCUGGCUUUUGGCUUUUGAGCCUUCUAUUGCAGUUGCCUUUAAUUCUGUUCUUGCUCUUUAAUGAAGGCCUAAUGAAUCUGCCCUUGGAAAAAGCAGUACAUAUCAUCUUCACUAUAUUCCUUACUUUCCAAGUUGUUUCAGCAUUUCUUACCCUGAGGAAAAUGGUGAAUCAGUUGGCAACUCGUUUCCACCUCCAAGACUUUGACCGGCUCUCUGUGAGCAGAGGAGACAUGAGAAGAGUGAGAUCCUGUAUAGAAGAGAUUUGACCCAGUGCUGCUGAGUGAAAAUCUGAAAGAUCAUUCUAGAAAACUGCAGGAAUUAGGAAAACACCAGAGGGCUAGCACGAGAAAAAGGAUAAAGCAAGUGUUUUGAACUGUAUGCUCUCUGGCUCUGAAAUUCCAAGGUUGGGGGCAAUGAUAAGACUAUUUGUACAUCACAUGAAAGCAGUAAAUCAACCCUAAAGCCUACGUGUUGUCUACCUGAUGUCAAAUAUCUGAACUUUUUUGUUGUUGUUGACUUUUUCAGGUGUGUAAAAACCUGUAUUGGUGGCAUUACAUCUUUAUUGUAAUAUUUCUAGUUCGUACCUAUAACUAGAAAUGUGUAUAUUUCUUUUAAUCUUCUUGGCUAUCUGUGUUGGCAGUAUGUCUGAAGCACGUGGAAAUGCUUGUCAGUAUUCCGAUGUAUUAGACUACAUUUGUAAACUAAGACACCAAAUUUUCAUCUCUGCUAGUGUCUUAGCUGUUAUAUUGAGGUUAAGAAGAAAACAGGUGGAUUAUCAUGCUAUUUAGGAAAUGUUUUUAUUCUAAAAUUGUUACUUUCAUAAAACCAUGUUCAGGGACUUCCCUGGCAGUUUGGUGGUUAAGACUUCGCCUUCCAGUGCAGGGGAUGCAGGUUUGAUCCCUGGUCGGGGAGCUAAGAUCCCACAUGCCUCACGGCCAAAAAACCAAAACAUGAAACAGAAGCAAUAUUGUAACAAAUUCAACAAAGACUUUAAAAAUGGUCCACAUCAAAAAAAUCUUUCAAAAAA